AUGAGUUUGAAGCUUAAUGUAAUGCAUCAAAAGAAAUUAGAAGUUCAGAUUGGAAAAGAAAGCACCAUACUUUCUUCCGAGUUCAAUACUAAAUUUUACAGUUCAGUACAACAACUCAAACGUUUCAAAACUGAAAUUGACAAAAAUAAAACGUACUCCGACGAAGCUCGUGAAAUUGAUGCACAGUCGACCGCGCGCCCUCCCCAUCAGCCACUGCUACUUCCGGAUACUACCGCCGUCAACCACGGCGGAAAUCAACUAACCUCAUCACGUCGUGCACAGCCAAUCACCCCGUUGUCUUUCGUUCGUCGGAAGCCGCUGCACAUUCCGACGGCGACACCCUUCCUCACGCGAAUGUUUCAUUUCUAA